AGAGGGAAAAGAAAAGGAUCCUUUCACCGAAGUCCUGUCUCUUUUCGUCCCUCUUCAACAACAAAAACCAUCAAAAGGACUUGUUUGUUUCUCUAUAAACUAAGGCAGAAAUCCUCAUAGUCAUCCACAAAACUAAAGAAAACAUCCCCAAUACAAUGGUGGCUCGCAUUGGCAACAUAAUUUUUGGGGUUCUAAAUUGCUUGUCUAUGAUUACAGGGCUAAUGAUCAUUGGCUGGGUGAUAUAUCUACAUGUUGAAUGGAGUACAGAGUGCUAUAACCUAAUUCACACCCCAUUGUUCAUAACAGGAAUUGUAAUGUUUUUUGUGUCCUUGUUAGGUUUGAUUGGUGCAUGUUUCAGGGCUAACAUCUGCCUAUGGAUUUACAUUAUCUUUAUGAUCCUAUGGGUUUUGGUACUUUUAUUCAGUGCGGGUCGUAUGUUCCUUACAGCACGUUCAAGUUCAGAACAGGCACAUCAAAAUUGGCUAAAGCAUGAUGUUUCACAUGGGAAAUACUGGGCUGCAGUAAAGACUUGUUUAAUUGAUGCAAAUGUUUGCCAGGCAAAAGUUAGUAAAGCAAAGAAUUUACAGGAUUUGCAGCUGGAGAAAACAAGAAACCCUAUACAGGAUGCUUGCUGCAGACCACCAGAGUAUUGUGAAUUUGAAUUCAAGAACGCAACAUUUUGGACACCUCCCAAAGGAGGUGUGAUUAAGCGAGAUGGGAAUUGCAUGGCAUGGAACAAUCAGCCAGAUAUUCUAUGUUUUAAUUGUGAUCGAUGCAAGGAAAUAAUUAUUGAAGAUCUCAGGAAGGAUGCAAGAUACAUGGCCAUCGGCCUCACCUGCGAACUUGGGUUCAUCGUCGUUGUCUGCAUCCUUGGUUGCUGUGUGAGGAUUAACAAUAACAAAAAGUGAGAAAAACAGAGUUUCUUCCAUUUCUUUGGGGGAGGUGUUAAUGGGAGACCUUUUGUUUUUAAUUCGAGAUGCACAUACUUAUCAUUUAAUCAAAUGUUAUGUGCGGAUGACGUGGGAAUAUUAGUUGGUAGGGGAGCAUCAAAGUGGCUCCUAACUUAAGUGUAACAUAUUUGUUGAUUCUUGUUUGCUUUAGAUUUAGAGUAUUUGUUAUGGGCCUGUAGCAGGGCAUUUUCCUAUUUUCUCCA